AGCUAACAUGCUGUAACCUAGUGGGAAGGGCAUGGAUGAAGAGGGGUGCAAAAACUACAAAACAGCAAGCGUUGCAACACUGGGUGUCCAACCUAAGAAUUUAAGGCCUCGAGAACGAGAUCUUUCAUUUUAGAAAUAUUUCUUAUUGGUAUAAUGAAUUUUACGUCUUAAUCGGAGGUGUAAAACAAACACACCAGCGAAGGGGGAGUGACAUAGCAUAUUUACGUUUCUGCAGGGGCUGUCAGGAUACGAUUGGUUUCACCGUGCUCUGGGGUAGAAUCUAAAGAGGAGUGAUGUCUAGUACAUGUACUUCGGCUGCUAGGUUGAUUCUAAAUACGACUCACAGAGGAUUGUUAUGCUCCCGGAUUCAGUUGUAUUCUUUGAGCCGUCAGGGGUCUCGGGAAAGGCAUCUACCCCCCUUACUGCAUCUGAGGACCUUUUCAGAAACUGCAGUCUGUUUUGCCUCUAAAGAUGGAACAACGAAGGAUGGAGGGGGUGAUGGAAAGAAAAGUAUCAGUGAGGGGAAGAGGCUGUCUGGCUCUGGAGGAUCAGGCAAAGGGGGAAGUCAGCUUCGUUGCCCUAAAUGUGGAGAUCCAUGUACACAUGUAGAAACAUUUGUAUCAUCAACAAGAUUUGUUAAAUGUGAGAAGUGCCAUCAUUUCUUCGUGGUACUAUCUGAAACUGAUUCCAAGAAGGGGCUCAGCAAAGAGCCAGAAUCGGCAGCUGAAGCUGUGAAACUCGCCUUUGCACAAAAACCUCCUCCUCCACCAAAGAAGAUUUACGCUUACCUUGACAAAUAUGUUGUUGGACAGUCCUAUGCAAAGAAGGUUUUGGCAGUUGCAGUGUACAAUCACUACAAACGCAUCUACAACAACAUCCCUGCUGGUAACAGACAGCAAGUGGAGGUGGAGAAGCAGCCCUCUUUAACACCACGAGAGCUAGAGAUGAGAAGACGAGAGGAUGAAUACAGAUUCACAAAGUUACUGCAGAUUGCAGGGAUCAGUCCUCAUGGAAAUGCUCUGGGAGCAACAAUGCAGCAGCAGGCGAGUCAGCAGGCUCCACAGGAGAAGAGAGGGGGGGAGGUCUUAGACUCCACGCAUGCUGAUAUUAAACUUGAGAAGAGUAACAUAAUCCUUUUAGGUCCAACAGGAUCUGGAAAAACUUUGUUGGCACAGACACUGGCCAGAUGCCUUGAUGUCCCAUUUGCAAUUUGUGAUUGCACAACACUAACUCAAGCGGGAUAUGUGGGAGAAGACAUUGAGUCAGUUAUUGCCAAGCUGCUACAAGAUGCUAACUAUUCAGUGGAAAAAGCUCAACAAGGCAUUGUGUUUCUGGAUGAGGUAGAUAAGAUUGGCAGUGUACCAGGAAUACACCAGCUAAGAGAUGUUGGAGGAGAAGGAGUCCAGCAGGGCUUGCUUAAAUUGCUAGAAGGGACCAUUGUUAAUGUUCCAGAGAAAAACUCAAGAAAACUGAGAGGAGAGACUGUGCAGGUAGACACAACUAAUAUUCUCUUUGUUGCAUCUGGUGCCUUCAAUGGACUUGACAGAAUCAUCAGCAGAAGAAAAAAUGAAAAGUAUUUGGGCUUUGGAACACCAUCAAAUCUGGGUAAAGGUCGGCGCGCUGCAGCCGCUGCAGACCUGGCGAACACGAGCGGUGAGACGGACACAGUGGCAGAGAUCGAGGAGAAAGACAGGCUUCUGAAACAUGUGGAGGCACGGGACCUUAUUGAGUUUGGGAUGAUCCCAGAGUUUGUAGGCCGCCUGCCUGUGGUGGUGCCUCUGCACAGCCUGGAUGAGCAGACACUAGUCCGUAUACUCACUGAACCUCGCAAUGCUGUGGUGCCACAGUACCAAGCUUUAUUCAGUAUGGAUAAAUGUGAACUGAAUGUUACUCAAGAUGCCUUGAGAGCCAUUGCCAGGAUGGCCCUUGAAAGGAAAACUGGGGCUCGUGGUCUGAGAUCCAUAAUGGAGAAAUUGCUACUUGAGCCCAUGUUUGAGGUACCACACUCAGACAUUAUUGCCGUUGAACUAAACAAAGAAGUUGUUCAUGGAAAAUCUGACCCUCGAUAUAUCAGGGCUCCAGCCAAAGAGCCCACAGAGGAGGAAUAUGACUCUGGCAUUGAGGAGGACAAUUGGCCUCGGCAAGCAGACGUAGCUAACAACUAAACCACACGCCAGUCAUUUCACAAACUCCUGUCAGUGCCCUCAGAAAUGUACAGGUUUCUAUGGACUUUUGUCAAAGCCCCGGAUUUUAUUAAAGCCUUGUAUUAAUAAGCUGAGGAAGGUGUAGUUAAGUUAAUGAAGGCUUCUGGUGAUUUUUACUGAUCAAAUUAAAGUGUGUAACAUCUUUGGUCCUGUGCAUCACAUAUUAAUUCACUAGAUCUGUGCUCUCAGAAGGACCUUUGUAAAGUAUUUCAAUCUCUGGGGGUUGUUAACAUUUUAUCUAUAUAAAGAUAAUGCAAUUUUAUUCAUAAAGUUUUGUAGCUAGUUUUUGUUUGAUCUUUUUGUGGUGAUCGGCUCUGACAGUGGGGGAAACAAUGGACAUUAUGGGAUCAUGCUGUACACUUGAACUGGAAGAUGUAAACGGUAGGUUAAAUGUUACUUUUUCAACUAAUGCCUUAUAACAAAAGGGCAUAAUAUUCCACAAACAUCACAAUGUUGAUGUUUCUUAAGCACCAUCAUAGUAGUGGUGUUAGAACAGGUUGUAAAUGUUGAGUUUCACUGCUUAAGCAGCAUAUUUAAGCAGUCCUUUUCUUAGGAAAGUUGGUUUCUCACAUGUAAGACUGAACAUUAAAGAGAUGUUUAACCCGUUAACAUGGUUAUUUAACACCAAUGCUUCCUCUUCUCACCCAGAGAAUGUAUUCCUGCCAUCCAGCCCAUCAGCCUUGGCUCAGGCAUUUUUUUUCACAAUCCAAGGUUAUGUACUGUACAAGUUUAGUGUUUUCACUGAGUCGUUCUCAUCCAUGACUGAAAUCUACAUCAUGUUCUGGUCUACGUUUGCAUCAGUCUUGCAUUUUAUUAACAAUUUCCCACAACUCAAAGGUCACCAGCAAUGGAAACUCAGCUGACAUUGCCACACACUUAGUGAUCAUAAAUGGUACCCCAGUACCCACAUCUGUAAACAAGCGUCUACCUAAUUCUCUGAAUAAAGGAUAACAUUGUACUCUGAUGCUGUUUGUGAUACAAAAUAAUAUUAAACCUGAUCUGUUCUCUAA